AUGGCUCUCCGUCGUUUCCUUGCGUUGAAAAGACGACUCGUGAAGGAUCCUACCCUGAAGGAGCAGUACGUUCGAUUCAUCCAAGAGUAUGAGGAGUUGGGCCAUUGCAGAGAAGUGGAUGAAGCCCGUGAUCAUCCAUCGCAUGGACGCUACUAUUUACCCCACCACGCCGUGUUGAGACCAUCUAGCUCCACAACCAAGCUACGAGUGGUUUUUGACGCCUCGGCGCGACCAUACCAUGGCGCAAGGUCGCUGAAUGACGUUCUGCAAGUCGGUGGCAACGUACAAAAUGAUUUGUUCAGCAUCCUACUUCGAUUCCACAGACAUGCCGUAGCCUUCACUGCCGACAUCACGAAGAUGUAUCGGCAAGUGCUGGUUGAUCCAUCGCAGACUUGUUACCAAAGGAUUUUCUGGAGAGACAGCCCAGAUAAACCACUAAGAGUACUGGAGUUGCAGACCGUAACGUACGGGACUGCCGCUGCACCUUUUCCAGUCACCAGGUAUUUGAGCCAGUUGUGCGAGGAUAAAGGAGGCAGGUUCCCAGGUGUAGCGAAAAUAGUGCGAAAGGACUGUUACGUCGAUGACGUCCUUUCAGGAGCCGAGAGCGUAGAAGAAGCAGUUGAUGCCCAGCAGCAGUUACAACAGCUGUUGCGAUGUGGUGGAUUCCCGAUACAUAAAUGGAGUUCGAAUUGUCCAGCGAUGCUUACCAAUGUUCCCGAGACAGACCGAGAGAAACUGAUACGCUUGGAUCAAGAGUCGACCCGAGAAGUAGUCAAGACCCUGGGAUUGACUUGGAGUCCCCAAGCCGAUGAGUUCGUGUUCGUUACCAGUAGUUGUGCCAAGGUUCCAAGCAAGUACACAAAGCGGAUGGUAUUUUCUGAGAUUGGUAGACUGUUCGGUCCGCUGGGCUUGGAAUCACCCAUCGUCGUUAUUGCUAAGAUGCUAAUGCAAGAAAUUUGGAAGUCUGGUAUACCAUGGGAUGCUGAGAUUGAUGGAGAACUACUUCAGUGGUGGCUGACUUUCCGUGACGCUUUACCAGGAGUUUGCGAGUUGAGCAUACCCCGCCGUGUGAUUUCCCAACAAGCCGUUGCCCUGGAAAUACACGGAUUUUCAGAUGCGUUGAUUCGAGCAUUCCAUUUAGUGAACCAGCACGAUGGACCGUCUAGUUUGCUUGCGAACCAGCGCAUUCGUUUCCGGAUACUAGACGGACGAUCGGCCGUGAGAAAAGCCAUCAGAGGUUGCGUCACCUGUUUCCGUGCAAAUCCAAAAUGUUCCACGCAGCAAAUGGGCAAUCUACCUUCAUGUCGGGUAACGCCUGCUCAUCCAUUCGAGGUCACGGGCGUAGAUUAUGCAGAACCUGUGUACGUGAAACAAGGGCGCCAUCGACCGAGGUUGGAGAAAGCGUAUCUGGGAGUCUUCGUGUGCAUGGUCACAAGGGCUGUGCACCUGGAGUUAAUUUCCGACAUGACCACCGAAGCUUUUGUUGCGGCAUUGCACCGAUUCACCGCAAGAAGAGGAGUACCGAGAGAGAUCCAUUCUGACAAUGGAUCCAACUUCCGAGGAGCGAGAAACGAGUUGCACGAGCUUUUUGAGUUAUUCCGAUCAGAAGCGUUGGGGAAUGAGAUUAACGAUUUUUGUCUGCCAAGGGAAAUUUCAUGGCACUUCAUUCCUCCUGAAGCGCCAAACUUUGGGGGAAUUUGGGAGGCUGCUGUGAAAAGCGCAAAAUUCCAUUUGAAAAGAACUCUCAAAGACGCUCGGUUAACAUUUGAGAAGUAUGUGACAGUCUUGGUUCAGGUUGAGGCAAUUUUAAAUUCAAGACCGCUAUAUUCCGUAUCGUCUGACCCGGGUGACCCUGAAGUGAUCACACCGGGACACUUCUUGAUUGGCCGGCCCUUAACUGCCAUUCCGGAACCCAGCUAUGAGGGUAGCCCGGUCAAUCGUCUAAGUCGUUGGCAAUACCUCCAGAAACUGCGAGAAGGUUUCUGGCAUAAGUGGAAGCGCGAAUACCUUCAGUCCCUACAAGGUCGAAACAAAAACAGAAAUAAGCAGUCAAACAUUCAGCCCGGUAUGAUUGUGCUGCUCGAAGAGAAGGACACACCGCCACAACGAUGGAAACUAGGCAAGAUUGUGCGAACCUACCCUGGAACCGACGAGUUGGUUCGUACCGUCGAUGUGCAGGUCGAAGAAUCCAUCUACAAGCGACCGAUAACGAAAAUCGCCGUAUUACCGAUUGAGGACAACAUCAUCGCGUCAGAAGCUUCUUCAGAGAGCAAGUCUCAGCCCGGGGGAGUAUGUUCACGCCCAAGCGAGAACGGAGCGCCAUGUGACAGCUCCAUAUGUUAUGGAAACGACGAGACACAGAAACCCGCCGAAACACCCAGAAACAUCGGGAAGCAACGACGCGGACGCGCUGGACGCGCACGAGAUGCGAACCCACCCGAGAGAGUGUCUUCAUCAUCAUCACCUAGCAGGAAGAGCGACGACGACCGUCAUUAACGCAGCAGAGAGAGAGCGAUGACGACCAUUACAAGCGAGAGAGAGAGAGCGGGAGCGACAACCAACGCGGCUGCUCGCGUUGCAGUGAGAGCAACUAUCGCGCGUCGCAGGCGGCAGAGCACGUGACGGUCUAGCGUGUUCGCGCGGGUGCGCGAACGUUCUAGAAUUAAGUUUUUUACCAUAUAUAAGCAGCGUAGCUGCGCAUACAGAGUUAGUUGAUAAUUUGAAUCCGCGAAAUAAACAUCGUAGUGUUAAGUGAAGUGUAAUAGUGAUUUUCUUACCAAAUCCGAAUCCCACAGUCCAACCCUUGGAGUGGAAGGAACCUAAACCGAGUGAGUUAGGUUUACCGUGUUAUAGCUGAAGUGCUAGCCUGAGAGCGAGUUUACCCACUAGCGCCUGAAGCUACCGUUUCAACCCAGUCAGAGCCUGGAGGAGGCUCUAACACCCAGUUUAUCGAGUUUGGGCGGAGCGAUUUCAUGAUUCAUUUUAUCGAAGGCGGCAGAAAGGUCAGUAUAGAUGGCGUCUACUUGAUGACCACUUUGAAACUGGCGUAUCAGGUACGACGUGAAACACUUCAGAUUAGAGGUCGUCGAUCGUUUUGAAACAAAACCGUGUUGAACCUCAGAAAUGUAAUGAGCGUAACUUUGAACUAGUUUGUGCAAAACGAUCAACUCCAGUAACUUCGACAUAGCGCAAAGUGAAGCAAUACCCCUGUAGUUUGAGACAGUUCUUUUGCAGCCUUUCUUGAAAAUGGGGAAAACGUGCGACUCCUUCCAGCAGUUCGGAAAGACGCCGGUUGUCAUGGAAAGGUUGAAAACAGUUGUAAGAAGCGCGGCAAUGGAAUUCAAACAACGUUUAAUGACAAGCGACGGGAUGUAUUGAGCCCUUUAUAUUGUAUUCAUGAGAUUCUGUUUAGUAUCACAUCCCAAACAGAACUAAACAUGUGACUUAACUUAGUAGCCUCUUGAAGAACUAUUGAAAGAGGGCUAUUUUCUACCGUUGCCAAUCAUGGAUUAGUAUUUCAGUGGUAGACGUGUAGAGUUUUGAGCAUGAUUUUGCUUUGUAGCAAUGCACGUUAUAAGCAUGAGAAUGGCUCCCAAAUGCUCCUAAUAUUCCGAUCCAAAUGUUUAAUUAUUUUAUUAGCAUUUGCCUUUGUAAUUCCCUGUUGAUAUCGCACGUUUUAGGGAAAUACAUACAAUAAAUAUGCACAUUGCAUGUACGGUGGCUUGCCCGAUGUAGGAAAAUGUUAGCUGGUGGCAACCGUAGGGGUGGCUUUCCAGGUCCACGUCAGUCAGAGGGAGCAUAAUAAAGUCAGGCCAAUCUCAAAACGGUUUCUCAUAUGUAGGAAAUGUAGGUACGCUGUAGCAUUGCCGUUGUUGAUACCGACUGAAAACGUGGCGCAAACAAAACCACGCCACGUUCUUCAAAGGUGAUGGGGGAGGAUCCUGUGUCGAGUGAGCGAAGUAGUUGAAAUGUGCAUAUUGUUCGCAUUAUGCACGUAUGAAAAAUGAAAAACCGCACAUCAAAAUUGCAUUCGUGUAUAAUAGAACCAUUUUUGCAAUUUUGCAAACCAAGCGCUCGAAGGAGAAAUCGCGUGUUCAAAUAAUAUUUUCCUUUUACACUUUAUGCACAAUUUAUGUAAUCGUAAAUGCUGACAUGCAUGCAUGUAUGUGGAACAUUGAAAACAUGUUUUGAUGCACUUUAUGUGUUUAUGGUUUGGAAAAUCGGAUAUAACUCAUUAUUUUUGGGACAUUGACAGAAAUGAAAUGGCGGGUCGAGGUUUCGAGUAUCUGAUAAGUCUGAACUGGAAUUAAAACAAUCAAAUGUUGAUGGCAUUGCUAUAUUAAACAACGCCCGUUAUUUAGCAUACAAACAUUGAUUGUUUUCUACGUUUUUUUUGAAUGUUCUUUUGGAUUUUAUGUCCAAACAAAUGCCCUGAUGAACAAGACAAACACAAUAAUAAAGUAAAAUAAAAAUCACCAGUGACUUCACUAUUUGUGUUGCAUAAGAUCACCGGUAGAUCAAACUAGUGGCACGCAAUGUUUAUCUGCGCCAUCUUUUACAGUGCUGAAUAUGUCAUUUCGGGUUAUCUAAAUUCAAAAUCAGUUCUACAGUUAAAUACAGUUUCUACAGGUUAAAUCAGUUCUACAAAGAAAGUCACGGAAAAAAACUGCUCUUUUUUGAAUAUUUAUGGUAAAUGUCACGGACUAUCUUCAAAAAAAUCCUAUUGAUAUUCAUGGUGAAUAUCAUUAGGCACUUUUCGAAUGUAAACCGUGACAUUUACUUUGAAUUCUCGAAAAAGAACGGGUUUCCGUGACUUUUUUGUAGAACUGGUCUAGUCAAUAGUCAAGUUUUUCAUACACCAUAUUCAGUUCAGGUUCAGUUUCUAAAAUGAGCUGUAGGUUUUUGAAUUAAGAUAUGUCGAAAUGACAUUUUUAGUACUGACCUGUAACUGCACCUCAUUGUACUUCUAUCUGUGACCAACCGUCGACACGCUGACCAAGAUUAGCAAGAAAUUUGUUACUGAAAUUUUCAAAAAAAUGUAACUUAUAUCUGUCAUAUUUUUGCAAAACAAGCUUUUGUACGCACGCAAACAUGAAGAAAUGUAAGCAUUGAACAUCUCUGCUAUUAUGCAACAGAUUCCGGAACUUCCUCAUUCGUAUAGCUGUUUCAAUUGCAUGCAGUGAAUGAGCCUCUAAGCUGACACGAGAGUUGCGUUAUUUCUCUGGCGGAGUUGCUCAUGCCAAGAGUUGAUGGACAUUGGGAAUUCGAAGAAGUGGUUCGAAUUCUCUAACCAAAGUCUUAGCUGGUCAGUUGGGUCAGUGAGUAACUCUUCAGUUGCGUCUUUCACUGGCAUCCUAGAAGGCGGAUAUCGCUGGUUGAGGCGGCUUUCUCUCUUUCGUCAGUCGAGAAUCCACACAUGCUCGCUUGUCCAGUCUAUAGUAACAUUUGACUUCUUUUGCUAGAGCCGAACAUCUUGAAUGGGCCUAUGGUCUUAGCCUGACACAAGAACAAAAAAAAAAUCUUGAAUUUGGAUCUCAUGUUCUUAGUUCUCAAUCCUGGCAUUUGCUUCACUAAGCUCCUCGCACUCUUCUGUCAAGUUAAAUCAGUGUUCCAUUAGUACUGUUAGCUUCCGCUGCUCCAGCUUCACAUUGCUGAGCUUCCACUGCUCCAGUUUCACUUUGAUUAGCUUCCGUUACUCCAGUUUCACGUACUUCAACGAAUAAUCUCUUCACGAUUGUUUAACAACAAGUUUUUUAGAAUCAUAAGAUCCUAGAAAGCCACAUGCCACAAUGGCCAACUUUCAUACCGAUUCUCGUGAAAAACUAAACCAGCACACGAACUAUUCUUAUUAUAAUUGUUUAUCUCUAGUGAGCAAGAACUAAAUAAAAAUAAUGCUUUUGUUAGACGUUUUCUUCCAGAGAUUUGUGCAUCUGAGGUUCUGAUGCAAUAUUGAAAUGGGAUUCCAAGACGUUUGUCCUCAGAUCAUCGGUGUACAUAAUAACUGUACAUAAUGGCUAUCAAAUAUUUUUGCGCGAAUGAAUUUUCAUUUCCUGAUAAUGGUUCAGGUUUUUUUUUCGUCAAACAAAAAAAAAACAGGUUUUACGCCUGCUGAUCAACUGUGACCGCGCACCAUGCAGGUGGGUAAUUCAUUAGAAUGUGAUGCUCAGACGCGACAACUAGUAAUAUUUAAAAUGAUCGUUGUAAACGUGGUUCAUGGAAAAAAAAUAUUAUUAUUAUUAAUAUUUAUUAAAGACACUUUACCACUUAUGUGGCAUUCGUGUCUGAAAGCAAAAAAAUCUCAGUGUUACGUUUGUUUGUCAGGACUCUGGAGGGUGAUUGGAAUGUAACGUUGGCAAGCAGGAGUAAAGUGAAGUGAGUGCUGCUUUUAAUCGAUUGAUCGUCUAUCAAAUAUGUUAAAAAUAUGAACGAUCGGAAGUGAGUAGUUUGAUUUCUUGGGUUUUCGGCUUGCAGUCUGAAAAAAUUGCGUUGACUGAUUUCAGAUCAUCGCCGACGUUUCGGUCCAGGUAUGGGACCUUCCUCAGGGCCUAAAAUUUAUUGCAAAUUGGCACAAACAUAUUCAAUAUUUUACAUACAAUUUUUGACAAAACAUUUAACAGAAUUUACAACUCACUCGAUACAACAAUCAACCUGUCACAGAACUUUUUAGAAAGCAAAAAAUGUCGGGUCGUAAAGGGUCACGCUGUCUGCUACACUUCUGGGCCAUCCGUUAUGAUUCCGUUAUGAUUCCCGGCAGGUAUUCCUCCGUGCUAGAAGGGAAUUCCCUGGAGCCACUAGACUACCAAGCCCCUCAAUGUGGCGCUAGCUUCUUUGUACGAAAAAUCGUUAAAAAGUAUAUCGCAAACAUAUUGUAAGGCGAAUAAUAUCUAAAGGCGGAUUUUUGUAAGUGGAAUACAUUAUUUUAAAAAAAUUGUAGCGGUUAAGCAUAAUGAUGACCGAAUUGGUGCCUACCAAAUAUUUUCCAGGGAAAAAGCUAUUCAAUUUUGAGAAAUUCGAGCUUAGAUUCAUUUCGUCAUACAAGAUAGAAUGAAUUUGCUUCUGCUGAAAGCUGUAAAUGCUCCAAAUGCUGGUAAUCCAUUGCAUUGACUUGAACUUUGUACACUGCUGAUACCUUAUGUAUCUCACUGCGUCCAAUAACUCAAUGAAUUACCCGCUUGGGCUCAUUCACAAAUUUCAGCUCUAGAAAAAUCAUUUUAUUUUGUUUGGCGAAACGCAUCUUAAUUCUAAAUUCUAAAAAGAUUUUCCCGAUAAAUAUUUGGUAGGCGCCAAAGCGGUCAUCAUUGUGCACAAUCACCACCAAAUAUUUUUUUUAUCAAAAAAAUUUGUCCCACUGCUAAAAAUUCGCCUUUAUAUGCUUGUCGCACAAUAUAUUUGUGAUCUACUUUUUAGCAUAGAUUGGUAGAUGCGCUACAUUGAUGUAUUGGUACAUGCGGAGAAAGGAAAAGCAUUUAAUUCAUUAGUAUAAGAUUGACUGAGUUAUGAGUGCCCAAAAUGGUUAUCUCUGAAAAAUGCUGAUAAAUUGUCAAUGUAUAUUGACCAGUGAUACGGUACAUACUUUUCAUAAGAAAGACAUAACCAUAAGCAGCAUGAAGUAAUAAAUAUAGAAUUGAAUUUAUCACAAGACAUCACAUUGCACGUGCUGCUAAUGGAAAUAGAGCCUGAACUCAUAUAAAUAGAAUUUUCCUGUUAGUUUAGCUGAAACCAUUUAAACGUGCCACCUACAAAAUUUCACCCGAGCUAAAAUGCUUUUAACCAUUUGUAACCAUUUUUAUCACUGUGCGACAGCAUUCAUAUCGCAAACACUGUGAACAACCGAGUGUGUUCAAAGUGGAUGUCAUAAAGAAAUGAAUUUACGCCUCCACAAAACUAAGCAUUUGCAAGUACUGCGCUGUUUUACCCUUCGCGUUUUUUGUUUUGCUUGGCAUGCUACCGCAAAUGAUCUCUACAGAAUUCAUCGCAAGGGUAAAUUUGGAGAUUUUCAGGAAAUGUAAAACAGCUAGAAAUUUCCCCAAAUGGAUUUCUUCGCCGUCGUCGUACUGCAGUCACCGAAAAAGGGAAAAUAAUGGUCUUAUGAAAAAUGAUGAUUCUACUUUUUGUUCCUCACUCGUCUCGUGCAGAAAUAAUAUUCAUGCGAUACGAUACAUUUGUGGUGCGCGGUGCUCAGCUGAAACGACCCUGGAGAAAAACUUCAGAGCGGCCACAUUGCUUUUAUCCAAGCAGCUAAUGCAUUUUAAAAAUGCUUGUUUAUUGAGUUUUAUAAUGUUUCAGGGUAUACUCGCAAUAUUGUCUUGCUCACCUUCGCUCUUCUCCUGUAUUUUGAUAUCGCCUGCUGAUAAUAACAUUCAUAAGUUUAUGAGCAUUACCCAGGAGAACGUAUUUUAUGAACUAGUUUUUAAAGAUGCGUUUCAAACAAUACACCUGUUUUUAGCAACUGUUUACACAAACAUACGAUUGAUUUCAUAUUUUGUUCGGAUGUUGAAGUUGAGGAACCAAUUUUAGUCGUAUGGGGAGCUUUGAUGGUAGGAGCAUUCCAUAUAAAUUUGCAAAAAAAACUGUUCUACUUGGGGAAUCGAAAACUGUUCAGCUGUAAUUACACCGUUUCCAAACAAAAAAAAAAAUCAAUAUAUGUAUAUGCAAGGGCAAACAUUUAACGUUUAUCUGGCGAUCAAAACUAGACACUUAAAAUAGCCGUUGUUAGUGAACGAGCAGAGACUCGUGAUAAAGCUGCUUUUACUUUGAAUGAGGGAGAGGGUGAAGAAGCAAACGUAGUGGUGAAGAAAAUUGCAUUUCCAAUUUAUUCUCAAUUUCCUUUUGCGCUCGCUCUUGAUUGCGAAAAUAAAAUCACCAUCAGACAUUGGAAAGUACCUUUGGCUAUUAAGACCAAAUUAAACGUUUACAGGCAUAUUUUGAAAAUCGUUGCGUUCAGCGAAACUUCAAACAACGCGGGGGAAUUCAAUCAUUGUUAUUUCGCUCUGCUCAAACCAGCAUGUAGCGAACGGUUAUUUUAAGCUUUUUGUAUUGGGUUUGGAUGUUUUUAUCUCCUCAAUGAAUGAUACACUUUUAAGACAUUACAUGCUUAGCUCAACCAUUCGAUUCCAAUAUCUUACGAACUUUUUUUUCUGUAUUAACGACACUUUUCACCCUACUCUAUCACACAAGGUCCUUUCCGCUAUCUCAAACUUUUGCAGAAUUCGUCUUCAAAAAAUUUUUUAAACUGCAAGUAAGUAUAAAUAUACAGCCAUUCCAUGAAAAAAGAAUAGUCAAAAAUCAAAGUGCUCCGAUAUAUAUAUAUAUAGCACAAAUUAGGUGAGAAUGAACUUUACCAAAAAUAAUUAGACCCGUAAUUUUUCGUUUCGCCGUUAGGGUGGCCAUUUUGAAAUAAGGUGGGUCCAAAAAACGACAUUACUCUUUAUUUUCAAACCGUCAUAACUUUCGAACCGAUAGACCGAUUUGCAUUUUUUUUUUCAUGCAUGAAAAACAUAUUAGUUCUAGAUAUAAAAAAAAAUAUCGCGAAAAAAAUUAGUAUUCUUUCAUAUGCAAAAAAUAUCAGUUUUUCAUGAUUUUCACAAUGUUGAACCACAACGACUAUUUUUUUUUUUUACAAAAGCAUAACUAUUUUUACGUAACAUAUCAAAAAUUAAGAAUGUUCUUCAACCCGUUUUUGAGCUGCAUUUUUUAAAAAUUCCAUGAAAUAGUUAUCCCUUUCGAGACGGGGCACAAAAAACUGAAAUUUUCAUACAAAUCGCUCAAAUUUGGCUCUCCAGAACUCUCGGACUUUGUAAUAUAUCAACACUUUUUCUUUGGCAUUCGUAAGAACUACUCCUUAAUUUUCGAAUCCUAGCUUUGUCCACCUACAUAAAUCGAAAAUUAAAAAUUUGCGACAGAUAAAACUUUUUCAUGUUUUAUAAUUUUUGCUCAUUUUUUGUUUAACUUGUUGUGGUAAAUCUCCCACACAACAUAAACAAAAGUUUAUUUGCACACAUGCAAGUAUAUGUAAUGGCCAAAUAUAUAAAAGAAUAUACAUCAGAUAAACCAAAGACUAAACAGUUGAAAAAAAAAUACGCAAAACUGUUAUUGCUCAGCAGCACAAUUGUGCUGGUUCGUCACGAAAGGGUUAUGCUUUCGAUAAAAAAAUAUAGUUGUUGUGGUUCAACAUUGUGAAAAUCAUAAAAAAACUGAUAUUUUGACGAUUUUUGCAUAUGAAUAAAUACUAAAUUUUUUUGCGAUGUUUUUUAUAAAAUCUAGAACUAAUAUUUUUUCAUUCGUGAAAAAAGAUUGCAAAUCGGUCCAUUAGUUUAAAAGUUAUGACCCUAUUUUCAAAAUAGCCACUCUAAUAACGAAACAAAAAUACAGGUCUGAUUAUUUUUGGUAAAGAUCAUUCCCACCGAAAAUCGGAGCACUUUUAUUUUUGAUUUAAUUCUUUUUUCAUGGAAUGAAACGAGCUAACCAAAUCAUAAAUCGGAUUAACGGCCCCUUUCGGGCAAAAAUGCUUUUGGAUGCAAUACUUGUCACGUCGCUGUAGAGCAUUUCUGGAUCUACUCACGAAAUCAAUCAUUGUUAUUCGAUAGGAGAAAUUUCUCACUGUUGCAAACCCUAUUAAAUAUAAAUGCAGAAUUUAUCUAAUAGUAGACUAGUAGUUGUUUUGCAAUUGUACACACACAUUGUAAGAUUUCAACUGGAUGACAUUUUCACGAUACACUUUAACUCUUACAAUCACUUCAUUGAGCAUCUGUUAUAAAUACCUGCCUAUAAAAACCAUACGACCCCACGAUCGGUCUUUUUUGCCGAUCGACCAAGUAAAAUGUGACCAAAGUGUGUAAUAAAUAAUAAGAUCUAGGGUGCGUGUACCAGUUAUCGCACUGUCUAAGGAAAACUAUUUCUACAAAAAUAAGAAGAAGACCGACGAAUGUUGUCGAUAUGUCAAAUAGUAGAUUUGUUUUCAUGCUUCACAGGAAAAAUAUAGAAACGGAACCAAACCCACUUUUAGUAUUUAUUACGGCGUGUGCCAAUAGAGUAGUGUGCGGUAGUUCGGCAGCAGCAAAGUUUCGCGCGCUCGCUUUGCUAGAUUUUUGCGAUUUUUUUUUCUCUGCGGGACUCCGACGACGGGGGGUUCGGCCGCGAGCGCGUCGUCCGCGUCGUCGUCGUCUAUUUCACAAUGCUCAUCUUCGUACGGGGCAGUUCAGUGUGUUUUUGGAGGCAAAGUCGAAAUGCUGGAGUGUGCGGUGGACGCGUCGUGGAUCGAGUCGGUUCCGAAUUUUUCGCUUCCCGUCAGCGCUAGUUCCCAAUACACUUAAAGUUGAUAAUACAUAUUUUCUUUCAUUUUUUGCAUUUACACAAAAGAGUGAAAAGUGUUGGUUCGGGCUCGCCGGUCGAGAAAAAUCCGGGCGCCGACAAGUGAGUCGCGUUCAGUGUAUUUCUGUGUGGAAUAGACUAAAGGUUACUGCUCCCUAGUGGAGUGGAGACGCGCGAUAGAAUUUUCUUUUUGGCUAGUUUUUGCGUCGAAAAGUGGUCGGUUGUUAACGGCGGUUUGUGUAUAUUGAUCCAUUGUCAAAUCAUAUCACAAUGUACCUUACCCUACUAACAAAAAAAUAAUCCUUCCUGAGACAAACGUGGAGAUGCAGCGAUUCGCGGUCUUUAUAACAACGUUUGUCUUACUAACAUUCCCUCCCAUCCUCGAUGACCGUAAGGACGUGGCCGGCGCCGUUAUUGACCCUAUUAAAGUUGGGAGCUCUCGACCUGUGUACAUUGAGAAUAGUAAGCUAGUCCUAAGCCCUAUUCAUUAAUUCCUUGUGCAAUUUCGAUUCCUCUGGUCAAUCACGGAGUAGCAACUACGAAUUGUGCGGUCAUCUAUGCUUAUGCUUGCUUAUGCUUAUGCUUAUGCUUAUUACGGCGUGUGCCAAUAACAAGAAACCUGUACCAGUUAUGGACACAUUUUUUAAUUUCGGUUCCACUUCGCACUAUUUACAUGCAUUCCUUAUGGGAUUAGCUACAACUGGUAUACUAUGGUGAAAUAGGGUGCAAGGAAGCCGAAACUUUAAGAAAAAUGAUUUAUUUAUAUCAUUAUUUUGGCAAAUUGUGAAGUUUCAAUGAGUUCAAUCAUCUUUUGUGAACGUGAUCUGUUGUUCACUAUUUUUUCUUGUUGAUUUUCAUCGUAAAUAUGUAGGUUAGAUUCAACUAUAACAAAUUUGAGUUACUAUAGUCAUAACUGGUACACUGAGCCUAAUAGAAGUUUGAUCUUAUUUUUUCCGCGCAACAUUACUCUCGCCUUCCAAGGAAGGCGAAGGGUGGCUUAUGUGCCUCACAACUUUAAUAGAAGGUGUUUUUAUAUGUAAAUGUAUUAACGCUUUUAUGAAAAAUUGAAAAAGAUAUGCAUUUUUCCAUCCUUGCUGUACUGGUUGAACAGGAAUUUAGAAUGAACAAAGCUUUUCACUCCGUCAAUCAAUUUUAAUUUAUUUUAAGAUUCAUAAAAAAUCUAUGGGAAACACGUGGAAGUUCUACGUUGGUUAAAAAAAUCGAAUUAUGCUUGCUUAAAAUUGAAUUAUGAGAUGUGAAUCAUUGAAAUUUUCCGUUUUGUUGCAUUGCAUUCUGAAGAACAUAUAGAUAUUGUCAUCCAACGCAUGAAAUGUUUACGAGUGAGCAACUAAUGAGAAGCCCUGUGCGUUAUUUGGAUGACGAGAUCCUUGCUUUAGAUAUUUACAAAGUAGUGAUUAUGGUGACCUGGGAAAUUUAUGCACAUAUAUUUGCGGUUUUGCUACACAGUCUUACGCAAAUAUUGUAGCAAAGAAAUAUACGACAAGUACACUAAAACGUGAUGACACGUGUAUCUCAUACUGAAAUAGCUACAUUCGUGAUAGGACAGGUGAUAAUCCCAAGGCGAAUGUAAAUCGAAAAGCUAUUACAUAUCGGUAUGUGGUACUCCUCAUAUGAAUGAAUAUUUCAUAUAUUAUUUCCACGUGUUAGCCCGUUAUGAAACAUGAAUUCAAAAAAGGGGACUAGAUUUAGGCAGGCAUUUCCACUCUGAAUAAUAUUCAAUUUUAUCUGGCCGACAAAUCUGCACGAAGCAAAUUUUUAGGCAAAAACGGAUAAAAAACAAACAUCUUUGGUCACGAAAAGAUAGAGAAUAGUCCUGUUCAUUGAGGUAGGUUGAUGCUGCGCGUGGUUACCGCAUAAUUUUCUUUUCCAAGGAUGCAGUAACUUCGAGCGAUUCGGUUUAAAAAAAAAUUAGUUACGAGUUUUUAUGACUACAGAAAGUUGAAAUAGAACUCGUGUAUAUGAUUUACAGUAUGCGUGAUAAUGUUUGCACCAUCAUAUAAAUAAGGUUCCCGUAUCCCGUAUCACACACAAUUCUUCAUUACACCAGCAAAGCUAGCCAUGAAAUUGUUUGACAUUUCGCAGGUUAUUUUGACAGACCACACACAUGCACGAAAAAGACGGAUGAUACAUUCUACUUUAUCGAUCUUGUUGCCGUCCUUUUCAUGCUCAUGUUGCAUCUGUCAAAAUGACCUGAGACUUGUCAGUCAUUCUGAGGUUAGGUUCGUUGGUGUAAUAAAGAAUGUCUUGGUUUUCUUCGCAUGCACAUAAGCUCUAGCUCAUAUCAUAGUAGGCUGCGGGUAAAAAAAUCCGAUUUCUUAAGUUUUAAAAUUUGCACCAUGAAGAGGUGGCAGCCUAGGGGCAGCGGUAGUUUUUGUUCACACGCAAAUGUUAAAAAAGACAUUUCAGGAGUGUUCAGGUGGACCGUGAAACGGUCUUUAGCCGAAAAAAAGCUAGGGCAACUAUUCUCGAAGGUGUCCACUUGUCGCCCAAAAAAUAUUUGGGUGAAUUAUGUGCGCUCAAUGAGAAAAAUGACAAAAAAGCGCGAAAUCAGCGUCUUAACGGCACGGAAGAUUGAAAUAGAAAAUAACGAUAGCCUUGAUGAUCCCUCGACCAUAGCACAUUGGUCGGGCUCCAUACAAAGGGGCGGCCAAAACUCCCAAAAAACGAAUUUGAUAUUUUUAAACUUUAUUUCACCUUAUUACAAAGUUAAUGUAUUGUACUUUUAUGAUCCUUGAUUGAAAGUAUACCAUCUUUUGAAUUUCAAUGACAUUUUCACUGCCAAAGUGACCUAAGUCAUAAAAUUAAAAAAUGAACCAUUCGAAAAAAGUAAAAUAUUAAUAUUUUGAGAAAGGAAUAUAUGUUUUAUGUUAUCCAGCAUAUGAAAGCUUGGUGUUGGACAGUUUGAAUGCACGUAUGGCACAAAAUUAAUAUGUCACAAAACUUUUCAAAUUUUCAUAUAUUGUACCCAAGGAAUUUUGGUAAUUUUGAAAUGGUUCGUGUCGUCACGUGUCGCCGCAAUUUCGAAUAGUACAUCUUAAACAUCAUCCUUAGGAUUGCAUAAAAACGUUUAAAUAUUUUGCAGAAAUUUGCAGGUUUUCAAAUUAGAGCUAGGGUAAGUGUUCCAAUUAUUCGCCAUAGUUGAUUUUCACUAUUUAAUGAUGUAAACCAACAAGAAAAAUAUUUAUGAACAACAGAUCACGUUCACAAAAGAUGGUUGCAUUCAUUUAAACUCCACAUGUUGCUCAAGUUAUGGUAGAAAUAAAUCAUUUUCCUUGAAAUUUCGGCUUCCUUGCACCCUUUUUCGCCAUAGUGUACCAAUUAUGGCUAAUCUCAUAAGAAAUGCAUGCGAAUAGUGCGAAAAGAAACCGAAGUUAAAAAAUGUAACCAUAACUGGUACAUGGUUCCUUUCAUUGGCACACGCCGUAAUAAAUACUAAAAGUAGUUUUGGCACCGUUUCUAUAUUUUCCCUGUAAAGUAUUGAAACUAAGCUAUCUUUUAACAUAUUGAUGACAUUCGUUGAUCUUCUCGUUAUUUUUGUACAAAUAGUUUUUCUUAGGUAGUGCCAUAAUUGGUACAGGCACCCUAUUUAAAAAGUCAUGUUUUUAAUAUAUUUUAUGAAAUUUUCCCAUUUUUUGACUGAAUUUAAAUUAAUCUUCCCACAUUUUUUACACGUUUUGAACAAACAUGAUUCAAUUUAAUCGAAAAUAAAUCAUUUAAUUGAAUUCAAAUUAGAUUUCUAAAAAAACGCAAAAAAUGUGGGGUUAACUAACUUAUACAGUUUUUUGAAAUUUUUGAAGUUACGUCAUUUUUAAAUACCCCUUAAUUCUAGAAUUAGUAAUAGUUAUAUUAAAUUUCGUUUGUGUGUUAACGUCUACUACCACGUGGGCAAAUCACGACUACCCCCGCCACCUUUUCAUGAUGUAAAUGUCAAACUUAUGAAAUCUGAUUUUUUUCAGCAGCCUACUAUGAUAUGAGUUAGAGCUUACAUGCAUGCAAAGAAAACCAAGACAUUGUGUGUGUAGGUAAUACAGGACCUUAUUUGUACGAUGGUGCAAACAUUAUCACGUAUACGGUACUGUUACUGCUAUAUAAACCGGUAUUUUGUAAAAUAUAAAUGUGCCAAAAUCCUUUAUUUCAUCUGCCGUUGCAAAUUUUUCCGGUAGUUAAGGGUUUUGUAUACAAUUCUUACCUCCAUUACGAAGGAGGAACCUAUAGCAUAUACCUAUGCACCAGCAGCAACGUGGCGUUUUCUCUGAUCUGCACGCGGUUUCCCCGAAUCGAUCAUGGCGGUUCUCAAAAGUAUAGAUUAGCUGCCAUUCUUAGCUCUUCACUCUCAACGUUUGCAUCUUUGCUUCUCGGAAAACCAAACAUUUUGGAAUGAUGCGCAGCGUGUUAUUGCAAAACUGCAAAUUUAUUUUUGCAUUUGAAAACUGAUGGGAGGUGCAACCGCAGCGCAGCUUGAUGGAAAAGGAUAGAGCUAUCGUACCGAACUGAAAACUCACUUGACGUGGCAUGUUCGAAGAGUGUGUAAACUUUUUAACCGUGAUGCACAUAAUUUGGAAAUUAUCAACAAUUAUUUUGAUGUCUUUUAAGGCUGCUGUUCAAGUUAUUUUUACAGAGGUCCUCAACCUUUACUCUCAAAAGAGUUUUGUACGAAUUUGUGACAAAAACUUGCGAUUAUUUAAAUCGUAUUUAUUUUUCCAACAUCGCCAAUUUUAAUUAGUAGAAAAGCACACAAUUGAGCAACAUAUUAUUUUCCAGUUUUUUAUUUUAUAUCAAGCAUGUCAAAUAUUAGCGUAAAUUUGAUACUUUGCAGUAAAAACGUAGAUACAGAGAAAACUACAUGUAAGGACUGUAUCGGAAAUUAACUGUAAACGUUCACAAUUGCCUGAAAAAUAAUCUGUUCGAAAUAAACAUAACUUUUUUUUGGAGAUACUAUUUAAAUCUCUAAAAUAAAGAAUAGCAGUUCUGAUUUUCAAAAAAAAAUCAUUUAACUUGGACUUUCAUCUCAAAGAUUGCACAUAUGUUUUUAAAAUUUUGGACAGCUCCUAAAAAUUUAAAAUUGCCAAAACUGUGGGAAAAUAUUUAUUUUUUUCUCUUAUUUUUGUGUAAAUAUAUUCUUUUCCAGAAUGCCCAUGAUAUAGGAAAAUUAUUUUUAUCAAGAAAAAUUCCCUCCGCAGUGUAGGGCAAUUCUUCAAAAUGAAAAAAUGACCAUUUUUCGAGGAACUCUUUUUUUAUGCGUCUUCAAAGAACGAUUACGUAAAUAAAAAAUACAUAAAUAAAGUUUAAAAUUUGCAUUUUUUCCAUUGGGUAUGUAUUAAAAUCUAUAGAAGAAGCAGUUUUACCAGAGAACGAAAUUUUAUAACCUUUGAUGAUAUUUAAAACAGAGCGUCAAAUUUCGACCAGAAAGUAGGUGUUUUUUUGGGAUAGACCAUAUUCUUAAUGUUGGAGGUUUUUCUAUUCAAAAUAAGAAUUUUAUAAGUGUGGCUUCGUGGUCGUGCGGCUAAGGUCACAAAGCCUUUAGUCGCAUCGUGCUAAGGAGCGCGGGUUCGAUUCCCGCCGCAGCUGUCAGGAAAAGUUUUCGGCUGUGCCACUGGGCGUUGCAUGCUAGUCCGUUGUCUAGUGUCGUGCUUCCUUCAAAGAGCAAAUAGCUCACUGGAAGCAUUAAACGUGUCCGUGUCUUUUUAAAA